AGUAGGGUGGCCCGGAAGACCUGGUGCACCGACACCCUGUCAGUCCGAUUUGGAGCGCGAUGGAGUGCAGAGCUGCUCCGGUUCUUCCCACCUACUCGCAAGCCUGUGGCUCUACCCACCUGCCCAGAAAGCAAUCCCUUUGCCGGACGCUCUUCGACUACGGACCCCUCAAUGAUCCAGUGAUUAUCCUCAUCACACUAGCCGUGGUCGUUGGAUCCUUCUGCCUGCUCAGUGGCUUCAUCCUGCUCUGUAUGGUGUCGAAGGCUUGGCAGGAUGAGACCUCCGAGGCGAUAUUGCUCAUGGCUAUAGGAUUUUUUAUAACUGCCCUGUCGUGUGUGUCCUGGAAAUUGACCCGGAUCCAGAGAAUCGCCCAGCUGGUAGAGGACCAAACUGCUUGAUCAAUCCAAAAUUUGAAAAAAUCAUUAGUUAAGCAUGUGCAUUAGGUUAUUAAAAUAUUUAUUCAAA